GCGGGCCCUUCCUCCCCCUCUGCCUCCUCCCCAACCCAGAAGGACCCGGUUCUGGUGCCUGUGACGGCUUCCAGGGAAACUUGUGUGCGCGCGUGUGCAAUUCAGGGAGGGCAUGGAGAGUGUGUGUCAGCUUGCAGAAAGCCAAAGCCUAUGCCUAGGAGAGAGCCUGGAACCAGAGAGCAUGGCCCCUGGGACCCAGAGCCCCUCAUCCCAGGAGUUGGUGACAUUCAAGGAUGUAGUUGUGGACUUCACUGAGGAGGAAUGGCGUCUCCUGGACCAUUCUCAGAAAGAGCUGUACAAGGAGGUCAUGCAGGAGAAUGUCCAGAACCUGCUGUCCCUGGGUGUAGAGACCAGAUUGGAAGUAAAUGAGAUGCGUAGAAAUCUUGGAUUUUUUGUCGAACAACGCGACCUGCACAGAUUUAUGAGUGAUGGUCCCUGUGGCUUCAAUUGGAGAGAAAUCCAUGACUCUAAUAUCAAGUUAGAGAAAAAUCCAAAGAGUGAGUGUAAAUUUGAUGAAAUUGGAAAGAGAUUCAGACAGUCUUCAAUCCCAAAUCACUGUAAGAAAAUGACCUCAGGCAAUGACUGUGUUCAGGAUAGUGAAUAUAGCAAGUGCUUUACUGAAGUGCUGGACGUUUUUACAUCCCAUGGGAAGCCUCCUGAAAUGCCAGUGUACUCAGGUAACCAAAGGGAAAUGGCCUUGAGCUGGAGUUCAGACCUCCUUAGACAGGAGAAAAGUGAUACUGGAGAAAUGCAUUCUGUAAGUAAUAAAGGUGGAAAGUCCUUGAAUCAGAACUCUAAGCUCACUAGUCAUCAGCAAAUUCCCACCAGAAAGGAGCGUAAUGAAUAUAAUGAGGGGGAAGCAACCUUAUCCCAUCAUUCAUCUCUUCCUUGCCAGUCUAAAUUUCACCCUGGGAUGAAAAGAUAUGCAUGUCCUCAGUGUGGGAAAGCCUUUGGUUGGAACUCAGAUCUUUAUAGAUCUGAGAAGGUUCGUACUGGGGAGAAGUUUUAUAAAUGUGAUAAAUGUGAGAUAGCUGUCUGCUUGAAAUCACUCCUUCUUGGCCUUCAGAGAAUCCACACUGGAGAGAAAUGUUAUGAAUGUAAUCAAUGUGGAAAAACCUUCAGAGAGAGGUCCCAUCUUGCUGCACAUCAGAGAAUCCACACUAGAGAUAAGCCUUAUGAAUGUAAUCACUGUGGAAAGGCAUUCACAGACAAGCGCAGUCUUACUGUACAUCAGAGAAGCCUCUUUGGAAAGAAGCCUUAUGAUUGUCAUCAGUGUGGAAAGGCUUUCAUAAUGAGACAGAAACUUGCUGUCCAUCUGAAAAUCCACAGUAGAGAGAAACCUUUUGAAUGUAAUCACUGUGGGAAGACUUUCACACACAAGUACAAUUUUGUUGCACAUCAGAGAAUCCACACUGGAGAGAAACCUUUUAAAUGUAAUCACUGUGGAAAGACUUUUACACAGAGGUGCCAUCUUGGUACACAUCAGAGAAUCCACACUGGAGAGAAACCUUAUGAAUGUAAUCAGUGUGGAAAGGCCUUCACAGACAGGCACAAUCUUGCUGCACAUCAGAGAAUCCACUCUGGAGAGAAGCCUUAUGAAUGUAAUCAAUGUGGAAAGGCUUUCAAAAUGAGGCAGAAUCUUGCUACCCAUCUGAAAAUCCACAGUGGAGAGAAAUAUUUUCAAUGUAAUCACUGUGGAAAGGCUUUCACAGACAGAUGCAAUCUUGCUGCACAUCAGAGAAUCCACACUGGAGAGAAGCCUUAUGAAUGUAAUCACUGUGGAAAGACUUUCACACAGAGGGGCAGUCUUAGUACACAUCAGAGAAUCCACACAGGGGAGAAACCAUAUGAAUGCGAUCUCUGUGCAAAGGCUUUCAUAUCUAGGUGGUAUCUUGCUGAACAUCAGAGAAUCCACACUGGAGAGAAACCUUACCAAUGUAAUCAAUGUGGAAAAGCUUUCACAAUGAGGCAGAAUCUUGCUGUGCAUCUGAAAAUCCACACAGGAGAGAAGCUUUAUGAAUGUAAUCAAUGUGGAAAGACUUUCACACAGAGGGGUAAUCUUGCUGCCCAUCUAAAAAUCCAUAGUGGAGAGAAACCUUUUGAAUGUAAUCACUGUGGAAAGACUUUCACAUCAAAGGGCAAUCUUGUUGCACAUCAGAAAAUCCACAGUGGAGAGAGACCUUUUGAAUGUAAUCACUGUAGAAAGGCUUUCACAGACAGGCACAAUCUUGCUACACAUCAGAGAAUCCACUCUGGAGAGAAGCCUUAUGAAUGUAAUCAAUGUGGAAAAGCUUUCAAAAUGAGGCAGAAUCUUGCUACCCAUCUGAAAAUCCACAGUGGAGAGAAACCUUUUGAAUGUAAUCACUGUGGAAAGACUUUCACACAGAGGUGCGAUUUUGCUGCACACCAGAGAAUUCACACUGGAGAGAAACCUUUUGAAUGUAAUCACUGUGGAAAGACUUUCACACAGAGGGGCAAUCUUAGUACACAUCAGAGAAUCCAUACAGGAGAGAAACCUUAUGAAUGUAAUCACUGUGGAAAGGCUUUCAUAUUUAGGUGGUAUCUUGCAGAACAUCAGAGAAUCCACACUGGAGAGAAGCCUUAUGAAUGUAAUCAGUGUGGGAAGGCUUUCACAAUGAGGCAGAAUCUUGCUACCCAUCUGAAAAUGCACAGUGGAUGGAAACCUUUUCAAUGUAAUCACUGUGGAAAGACUUUUGCACAUAGGUACCAUUUUGCUGUACAUCAGAGAAUCCACACUGGAGAGAAGCCUUAUGGAUGUAAUCAAUGUGGGAAAUCUUUCACACGGAGCUCACAUCUUGCUUUACAUCAGAAAAUUCACACUAGGGAGAAACUGUAAGAAUGUAACUAAUGUGGAAAAGCUUUCAGACAGGGCUCUAGAAUUGUUAACAUCGAAAAGUGGAUAGUGAGAAGAAAUCUUAUUAAUGUAGGGAAAGUGGAAUGAUUUCACAUUGGCCUCUGAUUUUGCUAAACAUUAGAGAGUCAACACUGCAGACAAACCUCUUGAAUGUCAUGAAUGUUGCAUAGCUUUUAGUUACCACUUAACAUAUGUAACAGAAAAGGUUCCACAUUUGGGAGAAGCCUUAUGAAUGUAACCAAAGUGGUGAUGCAUUCAGGUAACAAUCAUCUAUUGCCCAUCUUAGAAAUCAUAUUAGAUAGAAAAGUCGUGAAUGAAGAAAGGCGUUCAAAUGGGGUUCAGAGUUUGUGGAGUUUUAGAGAAACCAUUCUGAGGAGCAGAUCCCUGUGCACUCAGUGUGGGAAGGCUUCCAGCUAAAGAUCAUCUCUUACUUUCCAUCAGAGGCUUCAUUGUGGAGAGAAGCCUUACAAAUAUGUUCUGGGGGGCCAUGGUUUUCUCUGGAGGAGGGUGAUCAGUAGACACCCUUGUUCCUACUGGAAUGAAGGUGGAUAAAGGCAAUGGAUGUGGGAAGGGCUUUCCCUAGAGCUCCUACUUUACUGUACUUUGGAGAAAUCAUACUGGAGAUAAAACUUUGGAAUCUAGUUACCAAGGGAAGGCCUACUGCUGCAGCACAGACUUCAUUCGAUCUGCCAACAAAAGAGACCUCAUUAAAGAUCCCCACAUUCCAUCCUGUGUCUAAAACGGUAUACAUGUAAGGAUUAUUCCCUGAAAUUCUGAUGUUUGUCAUCCCUCUUCAGUAUUUCAUGGUGUUCAUAGAUUCUUAUUUCUUCUAACAUAUUUUGUAGACCUUAAUGAAUUCUCAUCCAACCAUGAACUUUCCCUCUUUUUUUUUUCUUCCAACUUUCCCUCUUGCUCCAGUUUUCCAAGACUAAUUAGAUGCCUCUGGUGUUUUUUUUAAUCUCCACUACUCUGUGCUCUGCCCUCCUCUCAGGGACCCUCUGUGGCCUCCUAGGCAUUCUCUUUUCCCUUAUUCUAAAAAACAAAAAUAAAAUACCGUUUUUCCCUCCCCCCCAUCCUAUUUUCAAAAAUUUUUCCAUAAAGCCUUCUGUUUCUCUCUAGCUGGCUUGACAUACAUUGCAUGGGAGUUUAGUCCAAAACCUGCUCCCUUAAGUGGAUGAUUUAGAACUGACUCAAUUUGGGACUUGGGGAACAAGGUUAUAUGCCCUCAGAAGAGCAGGUCUUCCCAAGGAGUGCCAAUCAACUCUGAUUGGUCAACACAGUGGGAGGUGUGGUAUAUUAAAAUGAAGUCUUGAGUUAGUGACUUACGUUUCUUAAUCCUGACCUUUUCUAUCAGACCACCCCCAGUGUUGUGCUAUCUAGGCAGAAGAAAAUGUCUCUACCCAAACCUGAGCAGAUUAAAUCAAGUCUGGCCUGGGAUGGAGUGUGACAAGGUUAAGAUUAUCAGUAAUGUCCUUGUGAAAAGUGAAGGGGGGCUGAGAGCCUUGAAUCACAGCCAUUUAGGGUUAAAGUCAGAGGUGGAGUAGUAGGGUUAAAGUCAGAGUAACUAGUCCCUAAGUGACUUUAACCCUAAAUGCUUCUGACUCUAAUGUUAAAUAUGCAGCACUAGGGAAAUAAGGAUUGCACCAAUUGAAAUGUGUUCCCCAAAAGGAGAUCAGGGCUUCUGAGUGGCCUCUAAAGGGCUGAGUGAAGCAGGAAUCAUGGCAUGAAAGGGGGAACAAAGACCACUUCUUCAUCUUUGAAGGCUAGUCAAAGUAUAGGUAAGCCAUUUGACCUCUGUCACCUCCUGGCUCAGACCUACCUGGGAAUUGCAAGCCCAGCACUGAAUUGUCAGGAGACAUGAUUAUCUCAAGGAAAAGGGCUGCUUCUUCCGUCUAGGGAGUCUGCCAGGAAGAGGAGUCCAAGGCAGAAUUUGCCUAGAAAUGUAGGCCAUGUGGAAAGGAGAAGGCCCUAGGGGCCUCUAUGAACCAAGGCUUUUAUGAGGGGUCCAGGUGGCUUUUUCUGCCUCAGUCCUGAGGCCCCAGGAUCAUCAUCUUCCUCAAUUCACAUUCAUGGCCAGAAACUCAGGCCCCUGCCUUUUUCUCUGCUGCUAUUCCUGGUCUCCAUCAGCUGCAGUGCCAUGGCCAUGGGAAUGACCCCUCUUCUGCCUUGCCCUUGUCCUAGUCCACCAGCAUCCACUCCAAGGCUCACAUUCUACCUGAGCCAAAAUGCAGAAGACCUGUUCCCCCUGAGAUCUCCUCCUUCAUCUGUCCAUCCCUUCCCACACUCUCCUUGAUCCUACUGUGGGAUCCAGACCCUUCUGCUGAGUAGAAAGACUGCAACCAUCAAACUUUGGCUGUAGACUAAACCAAAGGAGUGGGCCUAUAUUUUGAGGUGCUGGCAACCAAUGGAAAUGAGUUUGUCCUUAACUAAAUUAGAAUGUGGUUUCCUUUAAAGUCACAUGUGUUCUAUGGCAGCUAGGUGGCGCAGGGGAUAGAGCAC